AUGCGGCUACUGUGCGCCUCUAAUGGACUCCGAUCCAGGCAAAGGCCACUAGUUUCCGCGAUUCGCGGCCAACAACGCGCUUACAAUGCCGCCGUGAUAGGUGCUGGUAUCACGGGCCUGACGGCUGCUUGGCAGCUAGCUCAAGACCCCCAGUGCUCUAGGAUCACACUAUACGAGAAGUCAGCUUGUCUAGGUGGCUGGCUGAACUCUGAGACUAUCCCAGUGGAGGGUGGAGAAGUGGUAUUUGAAUAUGGUCCUCGCACUCUGAGGAGUGCAAUGCCAGCAUCGCUGCCACUGCUUUACUUGGUUUCAAAUCUAGGACUCUUCGAUGAAUUGAUCACAACCUCCAAGCGAAGCCCUGCUGCGCUAAAUCGGUACAUCUACUAUCCGGAUCACCUAGUCCGCCUGCCCACGCCAGAUCCCAGUCUCUCGUUCACCCAAAAUGUGCAAAAUAUCUUCAAGGCUGUCAUGAAUGAGCCGUUGUUUGAAGGAUUGGUACCUGGUAUCCUCCUCGAGCACACCAAACCCUCGCGGCCACCAGAGCUAUGGGGCCAAGACGAGUCCAUUGCCCAGUUUAUCUCUCGGCGCUUCAACCACAAAGUCGCGGAUAAUUUGGUGUCAGCAGUGAUGCACGGUAUAUAUGCCGGUGACAUUGACCAAAUGAGUGCCCAGGCGAUAUUGGGGGGCAUACGCAAUCUGGAAGACGGCGGCAUCUUGUACAAUCUGAUUAUGAAAUCGAUGAUGAGCAAGAAGACGAGGUCGAUGGAUGACUUUUUGGCUGUGGAUGCAAUUACCAAGACACCUGAAUCUGUGAAUCGCACAGAAGAUAUCUUCAGGGUGGUCAGGAAGGCUAGCACGUUUACCUUUAAGCGUGGAACGCAGCAGCUUGUUGAAGGCUUGGUUGAGUCGUUGAGGGCAUCUAAAAAGGUCAACCUCCAACUCAACGCAAAUAUCACGUCCAUGAACCCACCAGACAAUCCUGGGGAUCAGAUAAAGAUCUAUACCGGGACAAAGGGCGUUCAAUCCUUCGAUCACGUUAUUUCUGCAGUCUCUGCACCUGCGUUGUCCAACAUUCUAGAUCCUCAACUUCGAACCUCACUCGAAGAAGUCUUUGAUCCAGAGAGCAGAGAAAUGAGGCUCGCUCUGGAUGUAAAAAGCAGUUCUAAACCCGUAACAAACACUCUCGCAAGACUACAAUUACACUGUGACGCAACAACCGUGAUGGUCGUCAACCUCUACUACAAAAAUCCCAACCUUCUCCCCGUCGAUGGCUUCGGAUACUUGAUCCCACGCUCUAUACCCUACGAACAAAACCCCGAGUGCGGUCUAGGCGUGAUCUUCGCCUCAGCAUCCAGCAUCGGCGAAAGCCCCGUGGCUCCCUAUCCAACCGUCUCGCAAGACUCUGCCCCGGGAACCAAGAUCACCAUCAUGUUCGGCGGCCACUACUGGGACGGAUGGAAGAAAGAAGAUUAUCCAGAUCACAAGACCGCCGUGCGCAUGGCGCGAACCAUGCUAGAAAGACAUAUCGGUAUCACCGAUGACCCGACGCUCGUGCGGACCCGAUUGCAAGAAAAUGCGAUCCCGAAGUAUAAACCGGGUCAUUUGACGAAUAUGUAUCGGCUGUCGUUUGCGGCUAAGAAGGAUUAUCAUGGCCGGCUUGUUCUGGCUGGGAAUUCUUUUAACGGUGUUGGGGUGGGUGAUUGUGUGAGACAGGGUAUUCUUGCGGCUACGCAUGGUGUUGGUCGGCAUGAGCUUCAAGCUGGACCGGGGGAUUGGUGUCCGUGGAAGGAGUUUAAUUACCAGGAUUGGGAUUUGAAGGGUGGUAUUCCUACAGCUCCGGUGCGACUAUUUGAGUCGGAUGUUUGA